AGUCCAUCUCUCCGUCCCGUGUCCUGUCCCCGUCCGGUUGCCGUCUCGGCCUCCCAGCUCCCAGGCGGUCAGGCGCCCUCCCAGCUCCAGCCAGGCUCCACGACCAGACCGCCGUCUCCGCCCCUGCUCCAGCCAGGCCGCCGUCUCCUGCGCGCGACCGGACUACCGGAGCCGCCCCUGUGCGUGACCUCCGACCGGAGCCGCCCCUGCGCGCGACCGGAGCAUCCCCUGCGCGGCUGUGCGCGACCGGAGUCCGGAGCUUCCCCUGCGCGCGACCAGAGCCGCCCCUGCGCGCGACCGGAGCCUCCCCUGCGCGCGACCGCCGACCGGAGCUGCCCCUGCGCGCGACUGGAGCCUCCCUGUGCGAGCACGACCGCUCGAUUUUGUUUUUUGGGCCCAAAUGUGUAUUUCGGGCCAAUUUUGUAUUUCGGGCCUUUACUAUUUUCGGGCCGCCCGUUUAAAGCCCGGCACGUUUAGCUGAAUAUGGGCCGGGCCGUGGGCCGAGGGGUCGGCCCGUGGGCCGGCACGGCACGGUCCGAAUUUAAUAUUGGGCCGGGCCGGCCCGAAAUUAAACGGGCCAGGCCUUUUCGGGCUUGGGCCAGGCCGGGCCGGGUGGCCCGAAUGUACACCUAUACUCCGGAGACGAGACGUGUUUGUUGGGCCAAAGGACUGAGCCAUGGGGUUGUCCGUUGACGUUGACUCUUCGUCAUUUUGUAGACCAAACGCAUGGGAGACUACGCGUGAUUGCAUUUUCAGAAACGGCUGCUUGGAUUCCAGACCCCCAUAGGCUGCCAAUGCUCAUCCCGGCAAGCAGAGGUAGCAAAGAGGAGGAUCAGAUCUUGAUAGCUGACGAGUGGCGACCAUGCAUCUGGUGGCUGGGGCUAUCGGCAACCUGGCCCCCAAGCUCCUCCGGCUUCUGCGAGACGAGUACAGCCUGCAGAAGGGUGUGAGGAAGCAAGUCCAGUUCCUUUCAGAGGAGCUGGAGAGCAUCCACGCCGCCCUCCGCAAGGUGGCUGCUGUGCCGCCGGACCAGUUGGACGAGCAGGUCAAGAUCUGGGCGCGCCAGGUCAGGGAUGCGUCCUACGACAUGGAGGACGCCCUCGACACCUUCCUGGUUCGCGUGGAGGGCCGCCCCGAGCCCAAUUGCGGCCAUGGCAGGCUCAAGGGCGCCGCGAAGAGGAUGGGCAGGCUGUUCAAAAAGGCUAAUGCCCACCGCCACGUCGCAAGCGUCAUUGCCGGCAUCAAGAUGCAGCUGCAAGAGGUGGCCGAGCGGCGCGCACGGUACAGAGUGGACGAGGUCGUGGCGACCAGGCCUGCUGCAGCUUCGGCGAUCGAUCCUCGUCUUGAGGCCAUGUACAAACAGGCGACACAGCUUGUUGGCGUCGACGGGGCCAUGGGUGACCUGGUGCUAUUGCUGUCCCUGGAGGCAGAGGAGGCCUCCAACUGCAAGUUGAAGGCAGUUUCGAUUCUUGGAGUUGGAGGAUUGGGCAAGACUACUCUUGCCAAAGCGGUGUACGAUAACCUGAAAUCACAGUUUGAUUGCGGGGCUUUUGUUUCGGUUGGUCGAAAUCCUGACCUGAAGAAGGUCUUUAGGGACAUCCUUAUAGAUCUUGACAAGCACAAAUACACGGCCGAGGUAAACCUGUCGAUAUUCGGCGAAACACAACUCAUCGACGAAAUCCGAGAGCUCCUGGAGAGCAAGAGAUAUUUCAUUGUUAUCGAUGACGUAUGGGAAAAACAACCCUGGGAAAUAAUACAACUGGCUUUGGUUGAGAAUAAUAGAGGAAGUAGAAUAAUGUCAACUACUCGUAACUCUGAGGUCACCAGUGGUGAGGUUUACAGGCCACGACCACUUUCAGACAAGAACUCCAAAAGGUUAUUUUACACAAGAAUAUUUGGUAGAGACGGCAAAUUCCCUGGCAAUCAAGUUGAUGAGGUGUCUGAUAGAAUUGUACAGAAAUGUGGUGGUAUACCAUUAUCUAUCAUCACAAUGGCUAGUUUAUUGGUGGACAAGCCAAGGGCAGAAUGGUCUGAGUUAUGCAGCUCCACUGGCUUUCGCGAUAAAGAUAUUGAACAGGUAGAUAGAACUAUGUGGAUACUGUCUCUUAGCUACUAUGAUCUGCCCUGCCAUCUAAGGACCUGCUUACUGUAUCUAAGCACUUUUCCAGAAGAUUAUAUUAUUGAUAAGUAUUCUUUGAUAUGGAAGUGGAUAGCUGAAGAUUUCGUUCAUAAGAAGCCAGGAACUUGGUUAUUUGAGGUUGGGGAGGGGUACUUCAAUGACCUUGUCAACAGAAGCAUGAUCCAAGCAGUGGUGUCAAAACGUGACGGCAUCAUAGAUGGUUGUCGUAUCCAUGACAUGGUGCUUGAUCUCUCCUCCGUUCUUUGUCACGAGAGGAAAACUUUGUCACUGUACUAGACAGCGAGAGUGAUGAAGGCACAUCAUCGAUGAGCAGGGCUCGAAGAUUGGCCCACCAAAGGAGCUCGAUGGACGCUCAUUGGGACAAUCGUCACAAGGGUAUGCAGAAGAUCAGAUCAUUCAUUGCCUAUAGGUGCCACGAUGGUAAGGAGCUCCCGUUUCUGAGCUUUAAACUCUUGCGCGUGCUAGAUUUAGAGGCUGUAUACAUGGAAAGCUGGCACAAUGCUAAGCAUCUUGGGAACUUACUUCAUUUAAGGUACCUCAGGUUAAAAGGCACAAAUAUGCCCGAGCUCCCAAAGGAAAUAGGAGCUCUGAGGUUUCUGCAGACACUAGACUUGGUGGAGAAUUUCUUCAAGGAAGAACUGCCAUCGACCAUAGGCAUGCUAACACAGCUGGUAUGCCUACGUGUUUGUGGGUGGACUCAAUGGGGGACGAGCGUGCCGAGUGGAGUGAUCGAGAAGCUAACGUCCCUAGAGGAGCUGCAGCUGCUGGUACAAUGCGACGUGGACGAGCUUGACGACAGCCUGUUUGAUAUGAAUGAACUGGGCAGCUUGAGUGAACUCAGGGCGCUCACGAUCAGGGCCAUUGAGAUAAACCAGAGCAUGUUGUCAGAUCUUCUACAGUCCGUAGCGAAGCUCCACAAGGUCCAGAGCCUAAAACUCGAGAACCAGAGCCAUCUUUGGAACGGCCUGUACGACGCAACGUUCGACGCAGCGGCGCUACCGCGACAUCUCGAGCACCUGCUCGUGUCCGAGAACUGUUUCCGUUUCUCUGAGCUCCCCUCGUGCAUCGACCCCUCGCGCCUUAUCAGACUGUCCCACUUGGAACUGUACGUGAUCGACAUGGACGAGCAGGGCAUGCGGACCCUUGGCCGGUUGCCAGAGCUCCGUCACCUUGUGCUGGCAACGGAGUCCACGGUAACAGUGACUAACAUUGCCACCGAUGGCUGCUUCCAGAAGUUGAGGUCAUGCAGGUUCAUGCACUCGAUGGUCCUGCUCGCGCUCAAUGCCGACGACUGCAGCGUUUCCUUCACCCUAUGGAACGGAAGGGAUGACGUACCGUUUGGCUCUAGAGGGGAGGAGGACGAGCGCAGAAGAGCGCCGCCGCCGCCCGUCAUGCCGACCCUCGAAGAGAUCUCGUUCCAGGUCCACGCGGAGUGGUGCCUGACGAAACGCGAAGACGGCAGCUACGGCAGCCUCGGCUUGGAGCACAUCGCUUCGCUUCAGAGAGUCGUUGUGACCAUCGUCUGUGAGGGGUAUGUCUUUGAGCUGGACCUGACGGAGACGGAGGCGGAGCUGAUUCACGCAAUCAAUGUUCAUCCCAACAACCCUACUCUCACUUGGACGGUUCUUAACGAAGGCAUCAUUAGAAGCUAUACGUUGGGCGAUACUGAUGAUGAUUUAGCCAUAGAAGAGCAAGAAAGCAAGGCCCCUUUCUCCAGUCCAUGAUGAUAUAUAUGUCACCACGUCAAGAAGCUUUUGUGCAAGAUACCCAGACAGACACCCAGAGCUAGCUAGCGACUGAAUGCGCACAGUGCUGUCUUUUCACACUCUUCUGCAUUUUUUUUAUUAUUUUUUGGUGUUACAGAAGUGUAUUUUUCUGCUCCCAAUUCUUCCGUUGGCUCGGCACUCUGUUCACAUGCCUGACUAUAAGCCCUUGGGCGCGCUUGACCUAGUUUGCAAGUGUUUUUGAUAAUAGUAGAUGUGUUUAUUGUAAUAAAUUGUAUUAUUAACUUGCACUCAAAAUAAUAGAAACGUCAUUUGUCUUUGAAUUAUUUAAA